AUUUUCCGCUUUUUUUCUUUUUACCUGUUUUUCUUCUCUUUGAAGAAAUAUACUCAUAAUGGAUGCCAUAUCAAAACGAUUGAUGAAGGAACUGAUAGACUAUGAAAAAGAGGCAGCCAAUCAUCCCGAAAUUCUUUCAUUACAACCAAUAGACGAUGAGGAUCUUACCACCUGGGUGGCUCAAAUAGCUGGUCUACCUGACACCCCUUAUGAAGGUGGUGUGUUUGAUUUACUCAUCAAGAUACCUCAGAAUUAUCCCAUGCAUCCUCCCACAAUUACAUUCACCACUACUCUCUGUCAUCCCAACGUUCAUUUAAAGACGGGUGAAAUUUGUUUAGAUAUAUUGAAAACAGCGUGGUCUCCUGCUUGGACUUUGAAAUCGACUGUACUGGCUAUUUCUUUAUUAUUAUAUAAUCCUGAACCUUCUUCUCCUUUGAAUUGCGAUGCAGCUAACCUUCUUCGAUGUGAUGAUAUUUUGGGUUACAAUAGUUUAGUACGUAUGUAUACUCAACUUUAUAGUGUAUCUAAUACUUCUUCUUCUCAAUAAACUAUAUAAAUAUCCUUGUACUAUUA